AUGGACUGUGAUAUCUGCCAUCGCAAGCAUGACGCCAAGCGAUUGCCGUUUCUCUGCACCGUCGACGCCCGGAACUCGCUAUUUGAGGACCGCCUGAAGAACGUGCAGCUGCUCAUUGAAAAUGAAGGCCUCCAGGAGGAGAUCAGCGCCUUGUUGUCAGAGCCCUCGACCACCCCAACAAAGAACCGCAAGGACUCGAUGCAAGCGCAGCAGCGGAUGGCCGAGGAUAGGACGACCCAGAUUCUGGCCGCCGCCGACAAGUUUAGGGAAGACAUAAGAGCCGCCAGGGCCGAGAUCGAGGCCAGGAAGGCCGCCCUAUCCAGCCGCAGAUCUGACUUCGCCGCUGCGUCCGAUGGCCUCUCUGAUCGCAGAGCGAAGCAGCAGAAGGAGGUGGAAAAGUCCAUCAGCAUGAUUAACUACCGGUGGACCCGAUCAGCCGAAGACAUGGCUCGUACACGAUCCUUUCUUUGUAUGGAGGCGGCCACACUGUAUGGACUCGACCGAGUCGAGAAGGGUUCCCCCGGAGGAUACGAGUAUCAGCUCGGUGGUAUUCCUAUCAUCGAGCUGAUCGGAAUGAAUUGUGAGAAUCCUAGCUCCUCUGUCGAAAGUAAAGCUAACACCCUCAUGGCAUCAUCGCCAGAAAUGAUCUCGACCUCUCUUGGCCACAUUUGCCAUAUUCUCAUGCUUGCAUCUCAUUAUCUCGCAAUCCGCCUCCCUGCAGCUAUCACCCUUCCUCACCGCGACUAUCCUCGGCCAACCAUCUUCAACCUGGCUAGCUCCUAUAGAAAGGGAGAUCCAGUGUUCCCCAGCCAAACAGGAGCCGCCACCCCUAACUCUACCGCAGGAGAUGCGGAUUCUCAGCAUGUUUCGCGCCCGAGGCCCCUUUUCAUCGACAAACCUUUGUCGCAACUAAUCAAGGAGGAUCCAGCCACCUACUCUUACUUCAUAGAAGGUGUCACUCUUCUGGCCUACAACAUCGCUUGGGCCUGUAGCACUCAAGGAGUGCCAGUCGGCGAAAAGGGCUCAUUCGAGGACAUCUGCAACAUGGGUCGCAACUUGUACAACCUUCUGAUCAACCAGCAGUCCACAGGCAUCGAUGGCAAACCCACUCACCUGGGACAGUUUUCCCACGGGACAGCCUACAACUUUCUCUCGGCAGCCGAGGGGACCGAACUUGCUAAGAACUUCAAGUUGCCCAACCCGAUGAAACUCGCCGACAAGCUUAAGAAGAAGCUGCUCAGCGAAGCACCUACACCUGACUGGGAGGUCCUGGAUGAUGACGCCUGGAAGGUUGAAGAGACCGCAGUUGGCAAGCCAUCCGAGGACAAGAGUUCUCCUCGUAGAGGCUCAAGUGGAUGGAUGAAGGUGAAAAAUAGAUGA